GUUGUGUCCUGGAGGCGGCGACAGAGAGCGCCAUUUCUGUAAAAACAACAUCUCACCUUCUUUCUUCAGUCCAAGUGCUGGAGCACGUUUGAGUGACCAUGGAGUGCGUUUGCUGUCAUGUAGUUGAGCGUUAAUACGGCGUGAAUAGCAGCGGAGAGGAGAGGGGGGACUUUCAGCGAGGUGACGAGGAGCCUCGGGUCGGAACCAUGGCUGCACGGGAGGAAGGAGAGCUUCUGCACGGUAAAAUAAGGCACCACGACGGCGCUGGAAGUGUAAACAGCUCGGAGGGCUUCAGGAACGGCUAUGUGAAGAGCUGCGUCACCCCCCUGAAACAGGACCAUCAGAGGGGAUUUUUGUGGAGCGUGUGCAGGUUUUGCAACGAAGACAUUCUCAGUUCCAAACUGCUCAAGGUCUCUGCCCUGUACGUCGGCGCGUUUGUCGCGCUCGCCUUCUCUUUUCUCAUCUCUAGGAGCUUGCAAAGUGACUCGCUGUGGGAUUUGCGGACUUUUUUGUCGGGCUUCUCCCAGUCCAUCAGUCCUUUAUUCAGCAUAGGAUGUGCUUUCUUCUUCCUGACGUUCUACCUGCGGAGGAGGAAGAAGGAGAGCAGCAAAUGUUGGCUCCUGUCACUGCCAGCGUCGUGCUACCUCGGGGAUUUUUUGGUUUUGCGCUUUUUGCAGUGGGGAGAGGAGCAGCACCAGAUGCAAAUGGUGGGCAGGUUGUUAUUCGUGUUGGGAUGUGUGGGUCUGCUCACGCUCAUCCCGACGCUCAAACUCAAACACAGCGUCCUCAUUCUGGUCUUCGCCAGCGUUGUGUGGCUGGUGUCUUUCACAAGUUUGAGCGGUCUGCCCGCUCUGCUCCGGCCGCUCUUCGCCUGCUUCGCCGGGGUCUCCGGCUCCCUGUUGGGGCUCUGCUUCGACCGCUACUACCCGUCGAGGGAAGUGCCGAGCGGGAUUUCCAGCACCGAGGAAAAGGUCCCGGUGAUCAGACCCAGGAGGAGGUCCAGCUGCGUGUCUCUGGGGGAGACGUCCACCAGCUAUUAUGGCAGCUGUAAAAUGCCUCGCAGACCUUCUUUGCCCUGCAUAUCCAGAGAACAGAUGAUCCUGUGGGACUGGGAUUUGAAGCACUGGUAUAAGCCACAGUAUCAGGGUGCAGUGAGUGGCAACGGUGUGGAUCUAUCGGUCAUCAACGAGGCCAGAAAUCUGGUGUCGGACCUGCUGAUGGACUCGUCUCUGUCUCCACACACCAUCUCCGCUCUGCGCAGCGUCUCCAGCCUCAUGGGGACGUUCUCGGGGUCGUGCCGCCCCAGAGUCAACCCUUUUACCCCUUUCCCGGGUUUCUAUUCCUGCGAUGAGGUGGAGGACUCCGUUGAGAGGAGCGACAGGAAACCUAUUAAGGGUUUGAGCAGCAGAAACAGCCUCCCGACGCCUCAGCCCAGGCGGAGUUCCACCUCCUCGGCGUCCUCCGUUCUCCCUCCUCUGGACUGCUCCUCACGCUGGGAACGUAACAAUGGCAAGAGACCCCACCCUGACCUCAACUUGACCAGCUCAGGUUUGUCCAAUGGGCCCAAUGCAAACUUGCUGACCAUUCCCAAGCAGAGAUCCUCCUCUGUUACCCUCACAUACCAUGCAGGGCCCCGGAGAGCAGGCACGUCUCCCAGCCUGAGCCCAGUCACCUCACCAAGCCACAGUCCUCCUGUAGUCGGUAGUUCUUCAUCAUCGCUUGUCACUCGAUCGCCUGUGGAGUUCCCAGACACUGACUUCCUGACAAAGCCGAGUGUCAAUUUGAACCUGCACAAGCUUGGCUACACACUCAGCUCACCAGAUUUCCAGCAGGCCUUCCGUAGCUCCACCUUACCUCUCUGCACGAGCUGUGGGCGUCAGAUGCUCAAGGGAGUUUCCAGCGGCGAUACAGCAGAAUCCCAUCAACCGUUUAGCAGCGAGGCUCAACGGGGACGCUCAGGUGAAGGAGUGGAUUUCACAGGGGAGCCUCUGAUCAGAGAGGAGAGCGUGGAGGCGGACGUGUCUGGAGACGGGAAGCCAGACGUCGGAGGAAACCAGGGACUGGCGGAUGAGGAGAAGGAGAAGAGCCAGAGCACAGAGCAGCAGACUCAGGAAUCAGAGGGUGAACAGGAGUUCAGGUUAGAUCCAAUGCGAGGACACGAGGAUCUAAUGGAGAGGAUGAACACCUGGAACUUCCAAAUCUUUGACCUGGUGGACAAAACAGGAGGGAAGACCGGAAGAGUCCUGAGCUAUGUGACAUACACCCUUUUCCAGGAUAUGUGUCUGUUUGAAAUUUUCAAGAUCCCUGUGAAGGAAUUCAUGACAUAUUUCUGUGCUCUGGAAAACGGCUACAGAGACAUUCCCUACCAUAACCGGGUCCAUGCUACUGAUGUGCUCCACGCUGUUUGGUACCUGACCACUCGACCAAUCCCUGGGUUCCAGCAGAUCCACAGUGAGCACGUGACAGGAAGUGACACAGAUUCAGAUAGUGGAAUCUCUCCAGGCAGGAUAUCCUACGCCUCCUCCAAGAGCUCCUCGAUUUCAGAGGACAGCUACGGCUGUCUGGCCUGGAACAUACCUGCCCUGGAGCUCAUGGCCCUUUAUGUAGCAGCUGCAAUGCACGACUAUGACCAUCCCGGUCGCACAAAUGCCUUUCUAGUAGCCACUAAUGCACCUCAGGCGGUGCUGUACAACGACCGCUCGGUGCUGGAGAACCACCACGCUGCGUCUGCCUGGAGCCUCUACCUGUCCCGGCCCGAGUUCAACUUCCUGGUCAACCUGGAUCACGUGGAGUUCAAACGUUUCCGCUUCCUCGUAAUCGAAGCUAUACUGGCCACAGACCUCAAGAAGCACUUUGAUUUCCUGGCUGAGUUCAACUCCAAGGUGAAUGAUGUGAACAGUCCAGGAAUUGAUUGGACCAAUGAGAACGACAGACUGCUGGUGUGCCAAGUGUGUAUCAAGCUGGCAGACAUCAACGGACCGGCCAAAGUCCGUGACUUGCACCUCAAGUGGACAGAAGGCAUCGUCAAUGAGUUUUAUGAGCAGGGAGAUGAGGAGGCCAGGCUGGGAUUACCCAUCAGUCCCUUCAUGGACCGCUCAUCCCCUCAGCUGGCCAAGCUACAGGAGUCUUUCAUCACCCACAUCGUAGGGCCUCUUUGUAACUCCUACGAUGCUGCUGGCCUACUUCCUGGCCACUGGAUCAAUGAAGCAGGUUCAGAUGAAGAUGACGAGGAGGGGCAGGUGGACAUAGACACGGAUGAAGAUGAGGACGAGGAAGAUGAGCUUGAAGAUGAGCUGGCACCAAGAAGGAGGAAAAGCCGGUUGUUCUGCAGCAUCAUGCAGCACCUGACGGAGAACCACAAGGUGUGGAAGAAGAUCAUCGAGGAGGAGGACAAGAGCAAAGAGCUCGGCAAACAGCAGCCAGCAGACAGCUUGCCCACCUCCCCGUCAGACGACAUCCAGGUGAUCCAGGAGGAGGAGGAGGGAGAGGAGCGUCAGUAGCAGGACACGAGAACAGAACAGAGAUGUGUGAAGAAGAAAAGGAGAGGCAGCAGAAGGACACGAGUCCCUCGACCACCUGCCUUUCACUGACAAACAGUUGACAAAUGCACAUAAAACACACUUUGCUCCCUCACACACACACACACACACAAAUACAAACACACACAUAUUGAAAUAUUCACUGUGCAGACACUCAGAUGCUUAAGCAGUCACGUUGUUUUUGGAGAAACAAAAAGGCCUUACUACUGUGAGCGGAUCCUUACUGCAACGGUGGGGGCCCAACUCCUAUGCACUUUCACCCCAUGGAGAGUCAAGUGCACCCAGAAAAACAAGCACCAGAACUGAGGAGGAAGGUGCAGAAGAAGAAGAAGAGUGUGGAUGGGGUCCAGCAUUAACUUGCCCUCCAUGGUAACCUGGCUGUGAUGCUGCCUUGAAUGCAAAGCGCUUAACACCUCCCUUAGGUACAAAACAAUUUCUGUAUAUUUAAAAAAACAAAAAACAAAAAGGUAGAGGAAAAGUACUGACGCAAGUGACAUCAUGAAAUGAUCGAUACCCUUUACCAAAGUGAACAGUUCAUACAUGGAAAGACAAGAGACUGACACUGUUUCAGCCUCAAUGUCAGGUAUAUUUUUGAAUUAUAUAUAUAUAUGCAUAUAUAUAUCAAAUGAUGUGCCUGUCUGAACCUUUACUAAGUCCAUAUUGGCCCAGAGCCUAGGCUUGUGUAGUUCUCUCUCCUUGCUGGCGACACGAAACACUGUAUCAGACUCAGUCACAGAGACAUUAUUGAAAUGUUGACUGAUUAAUAGCAUUAUAUCUGCAUCAUUUUUGAUGCUUUUACUCAUGUGUACCACCCGUCUUUUUUUUUUUUUUAUUCUUUAACUCUCUGUUCUUUAUUUUGUUUGAGUGUGUGAAUACUUUUGGCAGGAAUGUGAUAGAGAGAAUGAGUAGGGAGAAAGCGAGCACAUUUUUAAUUAUUUUAGUAUGUAAUUUGUGUGUAUGUUUGUGUGUCCUUUUUAGUAAUGGUCGGUUUCUAAUCAGUGAAAUGUCCUCUGAUGUUUAACAUGUCGCAUUCAGAUCAGGAGUGCUGUUUCAAUGAAUGGAUUCUUCAUUUUUCCUUUUUUUUUUUUUUGAUUCUAAGUAUUUUUUUAAAGGUUACUCAGGAUUCACGCAAAGUUGAAUAAUUAUUUUGCAAGAAUUUAUGUCAUUAAUAUGAAAUACACUUUAAAAAAAAACGAAGAAAAUUAAAAAUCUGGGUGACUGAAGUAGUUUGUAAUCUCUUAAUGAACAACGUGACUACAAACAAAUUCAAGCGAUUGAAAUCCUCCGUGACAGAGGAGCAGACAGUAUGUGCUGUCUCCUGGCCAUUCAUACACUGUUUGCAUAACCUUUUUACAACCUCACUGGCGGAAUAGCUUCUAGAUUGUCAGCAGACUGCAAACGUCUCUCCUGAAGCUACACGAUACAUUUUGCAGUUCUAUAGCAGUACAUUAGGCAGUUUUUUUUUCUUUGUAAUUCAGUAUUCUCUGCAUCGUUUUGUAAACCAACAGUCUAAAUUCACAUGAGAUGAACUGAAUCCUCAUCCAACCUUCAUUUUUUUUGUCAAAACCCAUAACUCGGCCAGUGUCUCAAGAAGGGAUCCAGGGUUUCAUGUCACUUUGGUUUUGUUUCUCUAUAUAUAAAUAUAUAUUUUAUGACAUGCCACGAGGCAGGUCACAAAACUACUAGUUCUCUAAUUUUGUCUCUAAGAACUCUUGGCAUUCCACUAGAAAAAGACGUUUUGUCAAAGGGAAGGCACGGUUGUCGCCUGGAUCCUUAUUAAAUCAUAACCUCUGGAGAAAAAUGUUAAGUAAGCAGUGUAAACCGAGAUAGUAAUAUUUAAAGACAAAAAACUAGAUACAGAUGUGCACAUUUUAAUACCAAACAAGUGUUUAGCCGCUGUACAAAAGAGUAUGUGCAUAUAAAUAUAUAUUUUUUAAAUAAUCAAAUGAAUGCAUCUGUUUUCUACACACAGCUGACAUGUUGUACAUUGCGAUCCUGUAAUUUACCUUUUGUGUUUCCAGAGUUUUUAUCGACUUCUAUUUACAGGUGUGGAACUGUGGGGGCUUGGUGUUUUUGAUUUUGGUUUUUCCACUUCAGUCUCUCCUUUUUUCUGUAUCGUAACCACUCUUGUAUCCCUCACUGUCUCUCUCUGUCACUGUCGUAUCACUUGACCCAACUAGUGCCAAACCUUCCCUGCAUACUGUAGUUUGUGGGCCGUGUUAUGCUGAUCGGCAAAUAUUUCUCUGGGCUCCGGUACUGUUCGUGCGAGAGAAACGGUCAGAUGUCCCUCCAGGAUCAAGUGACAGCAACAAGAGUCAGAGUUGGACUCGGGUUAGGGCCGUGUACACGUUCUGACAAAUCUGUCACCACUUUUUGUUCUCACAUGGACCCACGCUGGAUCAUAAAGCCUCGGUAGCUCCUGAACCUGACAUAUUCUGGCUCAUUAAGUUGUAAAAGUGUGUUCGCUUCUCACUGUGCAGUCCUUCAAACCACAGUGUCCUCUGAUGAUUGUGCCAUAAAUACAUCUAUGAAUGGUUGUUACCCUUAUGCAGCAUCAAUAUACGUACGUUUGUCUAAUGUAACCAUUCACCCUUAUCUACAUUGUGGGGGCAACAGAUUUUUUUGUUGUUAUUUAUAGCUGUCAUAAAACACCAUCCCUUAAGUAUGA